UUUGGCAUUAUAAGUAUUUAAGGUUAUAAACUUGCGAACAGUUUUAAACAUGAAUGAUAAUUUAUAAUACAAUCUUUACCUUUAGUUUAUCAAAACAAGUUAUAAAUUAAGAUUUAUAAUAUGAAAUGAUUCUGAUACAUACCUACACUUUGUUGUAAAUUCGAGGGCAAUUUCCCUCAUUUUUCACGAAGAAACAAAUCAUUUUCGUUACAAAAUGACAAUUAAUACAUUGUUUCAAUUUUCACGUUCAUUAUUUCGUUAUCAAGGACUUAGAUAUUCUCACAUAAAAGUGUAUAAUAAUUGUAGAUAUUUACAUAAAAGUUCAAGUUUGGCUGCGAAAAUGUUUAUGGAACAUGAAAAUAGUUAUGCUUAUAAUGUAAUGGAAAAUAAGGGAUAUGCGAUGAAGCUAAGUAGUAAACAAGAGCAGGUAGAUAUAUCUAAUUAUUCUCUGGAGCAAUUGUUAUCAGAUAAUUGGUCAAAGAAACCACCGCAAAUUCUUUUUCAAACAUUUUCUAUUCUUGGUAAAUUAUGCACUAAGCAUAACAAAUGCAUAUCUGAUAAAAUCUUUGAUGAUUUUAUUGAUAAUUUAACAGAUAACUUGUCAAAGGCAACUGAUACUGAGCUAAAAUUAGUAUUUUUUUCUUUGUUACAAUGGCCUGUAACAGAAUCUAUAAAAACAAGAAAUUUCAUAGAAGUUUGGGCAGCACUUGACGAUGAAUGUCUUAAAAGAUUAAGAGACUGGUCAUAUGAUGAAAUGUUUGAGUUCAUCACCUUAUUCUACAUGCUUAAUGCUAAUAGAGCAAGUGAUUAUUCAUAUCGAUGUUUGUUGAAAUUAGCUUCAAAAGCAAAGCAUUUAUCAGCUUCACAACUUGUAAGAACAAUGUUCUUUAUUGGAAUACAAAGGAAAUCACCAAAAGAUGUACAUAAUUUAGAAAUCUUUAUCAAUGAACGCUUUGAUGAAUUUUCUAUUGAUGAACUUGCAAUAAUAUCAAUGGGAUUUUUCAAAAGUAAAACUCCAAUAAGAAAUAUGGAUAUACUAGUGAAAAUAAUGGAUAAGAUCACAGACAACUCUACCCAAAUACAUGAAAUUUCACUUGCUGCUUUAUUGAAAAUAAUUAGAUAUUCAAUGAAGUUUAGAACUGGGAAUAAAAUAUAUUUGUUAUUAGAUAAAUUACAAGCAGAAGUACCUAGGUUAUCAAUAAUGUGCAAUGUUCAUGUGGGGUUGUUAGGAACAUCCACAUUAACCUUACAUGAAGGAUGUUUAAAAGCUAUCUCAAAUAGAGUGGCUAAUGCAAUUGCUGAAAGUAGACUAAAAGAUCUAGAAAGAUUAGCAUUGACUUUUGGCACAUUUAAUUAUAUUCCACAGUCAGAAGAUUUUCUACAUAAUGUAAUUGCAGAAUUGAAAAAACCAGAAAGAGAGAUUGAGCGUAAUACAUAUGGUAGAUCAUUUGCAUGUUGUAUAGCCUAUCUUGGCCUAUUAGGAAUACAUCCUGAAGAACUCAUAAAGCUUGUAUUUGACCCGGUGUUUUUGCAAAAAACAUAUGGUAAACACAUUAUAACCUAUGGAAGAGAAAUUUUAACACUACACAAUAGGGUUAAAAUAUUUUGCAAAGACUCUAACAUUAAACUUCUCACUGAUAAAGAAGCAAUAAUACUUGCUAAAAAAUACACAGAUUAUGUACCUGAUGAAAAUUAUAAAAAACAGUACAAUAUUUCUGAAAGAAUGUUCUUAGAUGUUUUAAGUAUCUUAAAAGGAGAUAGAGGAGAUGAUUUUGUUACUGGUGGUCACAUUUUGACACACCAUCAAAGAGGAGAUAUUAUUUUAUGCAAUGAUCAUAAUGGUUGUGCAGUACCAGUGGGAAAUACUUUUGAUAACAAACAUUUUGGGCUGCUAAAAACUCCUCCAGAUUAUAAUACUUGGAUUGUUUUAAUAAUUGGUGGAAGAAAUGCAUUAAUUCAUAACAGCAAAACACCAAGUGGCAUAUUCAAUAGCAAAAUAAAAGAACUUAAUGCUUUAGGAUACUGUGCAGAAUUGGUAUUAUGGGAAGAAUUAUCUAAUCGUGAAACCAAAGAAGAGAAAUUAGAAUAUUUGAAAUGUUUAAUUGAUAAUGCUAUUAAGAAUAAAUAAACAUUUAGUACAGAUGUACCGCCUGUAUAAUGUAAAUAUAUUUUCGACAAGUAAAUUAUAAUAACUGUUUUUACCUAAUGCCUACAAGUACCCCAUAUUUAUCUGCACACUUUCACCAAAAAAAAUAUUGAGUGUUAUUCUCAGCCCCAGCAGCCUAUAUUUCAGAUUUCUGAAACAUGCUUGGCAAUUUUACUAUUAUAUAGCAAAUAUAUUUUUAUAACACAG